UAGCUACGCUUCAAGGCGGAGCUGGGCGCUCCAUUUAUUGGGUUGUCCGCGUUAAGAGCCCUUGAGUUGGACGUUUGCACUCGCUGCCAUGAAGCUCGCUUCCUCGCUGGUGUUGCUACAAUUGGCUGCAAUCGCCGUCUGCGAUGGACUCUUACGAAUCCCUUUGAAAAAAUUCCGUUCAAUUCGGCGGACCUUCACUGACACUGGGAAUAGCAUUGAUGAACUUCUUGCAAGAGACCAAAACUCCAAAUAUAACCUUGGUUUCCCACAAAGCAGUGAGCCCACUCCGGAAACACUGAAGAACUAUCUGGAUGCGCAGUACUAUGGCGAGAUCAGCAUUGGCACUCCUCCACAGAUGUUCACCGUGAUAUUUGACACUGGUUCCUCCAACCUCUGGGUUCCUUCCAUUCAUUGUUCCGUGUUAGAUAUUGCUUGCAUGUUGCAUCGCAAGUAUGAUUCAGCGAAAUCUAGCACGUACGUGAAGAAUGGAACAAAGUUUUCUAUCCAGUAUGGUUCUGGCAGCCUCUCAGGAUAUCUCAGCCAGGAUGCAACCAGUAUCGGUGAUAUCAUAGUUCAGAAUCAGUCGUUCGGGGAGGCCACCUCGCAGCCUGGCGCCACCUUCAUCGCUGCCAAAUUCGAUGGCAUUCUCGGCAUGGCCUACCCAUGUAUCUCAGUCGCUGGUGUGGUCCCAGUAUUCGACAAUAUCAUGAAGCAGAAAUUGGUAGAACGCAAUGUGUUCUCUUUCUACUUGAACAGGAAUCCAGACACUCAGCCUGGAGGUGAGCUCUUGUUGGGUGGCACAGAUCCAAAGUUUUACACUGGAGAUUUCUUCUUCGUGAACGUAAUCCGGAAGGCAUACUGGCAGAUCCAGAUGGAUGAAAUUACUGUUGGUAAUACAUUGACUCUGUGUAAAGGAGGGUGUUCAGCUAUUGUGGACACAGGAACUUCAAUGAUCACUGGUCCUAAAGUCGAAAUUGAAAGUCUGCACAAGGCCAUCGGAGCUGUACUAAUUACCCAGGGAGAGUACAAGGUUGAUUGUAACAAAGUCUCCACACUCCCUCCUGUCAACUUUAUCAUCAAAAAGAAGAGCUUCACUUUGACUGCAGAGCAGUAUGUCCUUAAGGAACAACAGGCUGGAAUGACCAUCUGCCUGAGUGGAUUCAUGGCUCUUGACAUCCCCCCUCCCGCCGGCCCCCUCUGGAUUCUUGGGGACGUCUUUAUCGGGCAGUAUUACACCCAAUUUGAUCGAGACAACAACCGAGUUGGAUUUGCAAAAGCUGCGUAACGAUGGUUCCUGUGUCAACAACUCAAUAGAAUAAUAAAAAUGUGCAAUAAUAUUUGGAUCCAUCUUGUGGCAAUGAUCGAGAAUCUCUGUUAGGUUAAUGCUGUUAUGACAUUUGACUGUGACUUUGGAAGGUUUGGGAAAGGAUUCUUCAAACUAAUGGAAGAGUAGAACAUGAGUAACAUUUUGGAAAUGUGAACUUCUGUUCAGGACUUUAAUUUGUUCCAUAUAUCUUUUUUCUGUUAAAACCUUCAUGUCCUGAACAUUGCAUUGGUUGCAAUUCAAUUUGGCUUGUUUCUACUUGAUAUUUCAAAAACAGCUUGAAAUUCCCCUUUUCCACUCCUUAUUUUAUAAAAGAGUAAUGGAUCCAACCAAGUUCAAGUUAUGAAUUGAUUUCUGUUUUCCAAGUAGUGACGAGUUUAGGCAGUGAUUUCUCAAGGCUGUUGUAUAGCCCAGUGAAUAAUAGUCCUAUUAAUACUCGUGGUGCAGUUGAGAUAUGAGGACUCUUUGAAACAAAACGUCUGUAUUUUUUUCCUUCUUGCAAUUUGCUCUAUGGGAAGUUCGCAAAAAGAAAAAGUGACUACAAACACAAUGUGAAGGUGGGAGGUGGAGUUACGAAGGUGUCACAAGUUGGGGAGGUGGAGAUUGCGGGAGUGUGUCUGGAAGUGUAAAAUUGUUGCUGUCAAAACCAUUAAUAUCAACAAGUUGUUCAACAGUGUUGGGAUUGAUGAGUCAGAGCUGAUGUUUUAAAAACUAUUUGAAUGUGACUAUUUCUGAUUGUAUUAAUGGUGCAUUAAAUAAAAUGAAAUAUCAUUGUAA